AUGUACCCAUCUCCUUCCUCCGUCGUGUUUAAUGACCAUGAGCCUGUGUGGUUUCUGAAAGAGCGAGUCGUUCUGACAUGGCACGACCAAGAUCACGAUCAAGCGCUACACCUCGGGGAGCCGUCCCCUCUCAACAAGGACGCGAGCUUGAUACUCUGGCUCGGCCUUGUCGAAGGCAGCGACCAAGCCGUGGCCAUGUUGCAACUCACGGUCACGCAUUAUUCGAAGGGAAAGAGGAAGAAGUUCGACUUGUUUUCAGUGCCUGAAAGCUUGAAGCUUGUCAGUGAUGAACUGCCCAUUUUGGGUAUAGAUGAGAUACCUGGAGACAUGUCCCGCAUGUUCGAAACAAUCGAGGGCUCUUCCAAAUCCCGCUUUGUGCGACUGUCCUUGUGCAAGACCGUUCCAAGUCAGACCCUGAUGCCUAUCCGCAAGACUAUGCGAGCUGUACAAGGCGCGGCUGAACACGUUAUGCUCUCGGUGCAGGCAUUCGCCGAGUCGGCCGAAAGAUUUGAAGUCUAUAUGGGCUACAGCACAUAUGCGCAUCAGGCUCUGACACGAAACAUACACGCUCUCCAAUCCAACUAUACCGUUCCAUCAUUCAACCUCGAAUCGUGCUACAGUCACAACGGCGGAGCCUUCGACCCGUGGAACGACUACCUGGAUACCAAGUGUGCUCGCACAGCAACCAACCUUGAUGCCGUUCUGGACAACCGCCACGCCCACAAGAGGAAAAGAGCAAGGUAUGAACAAGGAGAGGAGGAUCCGUAUGAGGAUGAGGCGGAUCCACAAGCAAAGCAUUGGGCUCGACGAACUGCUCAAGACGUUGCUCCACCACCAGCAUACGAACAGGUUCAGAUGCCAGCAAGCGACUGCGCACCCUCUCCACGUUCAAACAAAUGCAGGGAUGCCAGUUCAGUCGUGCCAACGACACCUCCGAAUCAAGGUUCAUGCGCCGACAGCAGCUUCUCGUUGAAUCCGCUCGAUACCCCUGACUCACCUCCGCUUGGACCCCCUUUUUCUCCACGCGUCGACCCUCCACAACGUCCACCAUUACUCGACACUCGACCUGUUGCGCUGACGAACGGUCGUUUAGAUAUCAACGUCGCGUUACACAAGGCUUUUGUGACAUGGCUGUUGAAUAUGGGAAGGCUGCGGCCUUAUCUACAUGAAGAUCUUGAACUCUACACAAUUCUGGUAGCCUACGGUCUCGCGGUACACAGAGGAGACUCGACUCGCUUUCCCAACAUCAAAGCAAGAGCUACCUCGCUAGUCCUGAAAAGGCAUGUCACAUCCACGAGCGAGAUUCGCAAUUGGAAUGUCCCGGCAGAGAAGCUGGUGCAGAGACUGUUAAGAUGGAUGUGUGGUCUUGUACUCAAUGCUGACGAAGAGUUAAUUGAUGAACUCUUACUUCUGACACGCAAUGCCAUUGAUGCGACGCAAGACAAUCAAGCGCCAGUAGCUGUGCCUUCUGCGAAAAGGGAAGAGUACCUGCUUCAAGAGGCUACUUGUGUCGCGAACUUCUUCGUGACUUAUGCUCCGCUCUUAUUACGACAUCUGAAAACAUAG